AUGCCAUUAUUGGAACCGAUAUGUGACGGUCUCAACAUCACUGACUCGCCCAAAAGGCCAAACGGGCCGCUCCCAUCUUGCCCAACUGUAGCUAGGCCCACCUCAGCUGCUACACAUACGUAG